GAAAAUAAUAAAAUAAUAAAGACACUUUGCCUAUAUUAUUUACAUAUUUUGUAUACUCUCAUUUUCUUAAUCGAAAGGAAAAUCUGCGUUCGAAUGUUUUUUUUUUACGGUUUCCGAAGGAAGAAGAUUUGCCCUAUCGCGUGGUGUAAUUAGAUCGUGCAGCAGAUCCUUAACUUUCAAAAUAAAUUGAAAAAUAUCUGUGAAAGUUGGUGCGUUGAAAGUGUCUUGUUCUGAUUAAACACUACUGAAACAUGCUUAGAUAUUUAUAAUGUUAUAAAAAAAAAAUAUAUCGUUGCUUUUGUGGAAAUCUACAGAAUCGGUCUAUGUAAGAAUCAUUCGUAUGGCUCUUACAGUUAAAGCCGUGACAAUUCUUGAAUUUGAAAGUUCGACAUUUUGUUGACUGAGGGUGAUGGAGAUAAACGAUCAUCGAAUUCGUGUUGAGUUCAAAAUUGCCGUUGGACAACGUCAUCGAAUCACAAAAUUGAAUAAUCAACUGGGCGAUACCAUGUUGGAAAAUACCACUGCCAUUCAACGUGUGAAAGACUCGACUCGUCUUAAUGGUGCUCAACAAAAUAUAGAGACAAAAAAAUCAUUUACACAAUGCUCAGGAGAUCGAAAUAACUCAACUAACGAAUGUAAUAUAGAUCCUGAAUGUUUAACAUUAUGGCAACAUCCAAUUACUACUCUCAAUUACUUUUUUCGAGAACUGUUUGAUAAUAUACUGAGCCUAGGAAAUAAGACACUACUUUAUAAGAGAACAGUAUGGAGCAUAGUUUCAAUAAUUAUAUUGUUUUUGGUGUUAAGUAGAGUGGUUGGUCCCCAUCAACAGAUUUUAAAAGCAUGGGAGAUCAAAGUGAUUUGGUGGUUAUAUUGGAUAGGUUUAGGUGUCCUUUCUAGUGUAGGUCUUGGUACUGGCUUACAUACUUUCGUACUGUAUUUAGGGCCACACAUAGCAGCUGUUACAAUGGCUGCAUAUGAGUGCGGUGCGCUUAAUUUUCCUGAACCACCAUAUCCUGAUCAAAUAAUAUGUCCCACGAAAGUUGAUCCAAUGUGGACAGCUGGAAUAUUAAAUAUCAUGAGAAAAGUCCGCGUAGAAGCCAUGCUUUGGGGUGCUGGUACCGCCCUUGGUGAAUUACCACCCUAUUUUAUGGCUAGAGCUGCUCGAACUAGUCGACAAAACAACAAAAACGAAAAAUUUGAUCAAGAAGAUUUGAAAGAGUUAGAAGCUUUAGAAGCUUUAGAAAAUGGUGAAAAUGUAUCAUUAUUGAUACGUAUAAAGCUAACUAUGAAACAUUUUGUACAAAAAGCAGGUUUCUGGGGAAUCCUUGCCUGUGCUUCAAUUCCUAAUCCAUUAUUUGAUCUUGCUGGGCUGACAUGUGGUCACUAUCUAAUUCCUUUUUGGACAUUUUUUGGUGCAACUCUUAUAGGAAAAGCUGUUGUAAAAAUGCACAUUCAACAGCUUGCAGUAAUUAUAGCUUUUAAUGAGGAACUUCUAGAUAAAUUUAUUAAAUUACUGGCAAUUGUACCAUACGUGGGUUCUAAAUUCCAAGAGCCUUUGAAAAAAUAUCUUAUUCAACAGAAACAAAAGUUGCACGAUAAAACAUCCGCGGAUGGAUCAACAACAAUCUCAUGGUUAUUUGAUAAAUUUGUGAUGUUGAUGGUAUGUUAUUUCCUAGUAACAAUUAUUCACGCAUUGGCAAGAAAUUAUCAUCGUAAACGAACUAAACUAUCUACUGAUUAAAAAUUAAUAAAUAUAGGAUGUACAAUGUAAACGUAAAAUCAAUAAUUAAACAAACUACGUAUAAAAUUGCUGUUAUAGCACUAUACAAUUAAGGUAUUAAAUAUAAUAAUAAUUCAGUGAAAUUUUUGACUGCACAGUACCACGUUUGCAAAGUAAACAAACAGAGUGAGGAAUAAAUUGUGAAAAAUUCGAUGUUUUCUUAACGUUCUAAUUUUGUAAAGUGCUGUGUAAACACUGAAGAUACCCUCGUAAUCGUAACAUGUGUGUUUACGAAAAUGUACAUACAUCAGAGAAAAUUUUUAAAUAUGUAAUAUAUAGUGUAUGCAUUUUACUUUUACAUGUAACUUUCAUAAAGACAAUGGAACAUACUAUUCAGAAUUA